AAAGGCAUUGCCACGUAAUUACAGGCUCCUAUUAGGUCGAUCUGCCCUCCCAGGGGUCUCAAAUUUUCAUUUAUUCCCCGUUCAGGCUUCCUCUUCGUGCCAGUGUGCGUCGUUUGAAGUACCAUAGAGCCUCCUGAUUCAACAGAGGGAAGAACUGGCUUCAAAAAGCAGCAUCCAACCUUCCUCCAGUGAGCGUAAAGCCAUAGAUUACUCACAUGCGCAUCUGUUAGACAUCAUCUUUCCUGCAACCGUAGCCAUUCACGGUCGUGAGUCAACAGGGGGAAGAGGAAAACUCUGAAGAUGGUGUAAGCUCCAGAGCCGAGGCAGUGUAAAACGAAUGGUGUAUGCUGGGUGUUGGGAAUUUCCUUUAGUGGACAACGGCUGAAGUUUAUAGUUUCCAAACGAAGAAAAGUUGUUCCAAAACGUCGAGUGCUGAAAGAACGUCAUUCCAUCUGGAUGUGUAAAUCCAUGAGCUCUGCUUUACAACAAAAAACGAAGCUUUGUUGAUUGGUUUGGAGGCGCUGUUUUUACUUUUUGUAUGCAAGGAAUAAUUUGGCUCGCCUAUUAUUGCUCAGUUUUUCCCUUCUGUAUUCUAUUUGCGUCAUGACUUCUAGUUAUGCACAUGCAAUGGACGGACAACCAACGAUAUCCAACCGCCUGGAGAGUCCAAUUACAUCAAAUCUGGAAAACCUACAGGCUAAAAAGAACUUCUCUGUAAGCCACCUGUUGGAUCUGGAGGAGGCGGGGGAGAUGGUUGGGACACAGACGGACGAGAGUACCGGUGAAGCGGGACGGAGUUUGCUGGAGUCUCCGGGGCUGACUAGCGGCAGCGAUACUACGCUGCAGGAGAAUGAGCUGCUGACUUCUGCAGAGAAGAAGAAGAGGAAAGAGCGUCGGAACAGGACGACCUUCAACAGCAGCCAGCUGCAGGCUCUGGAGCGGGUGUUCGAGAGGACGCACUACCCCGACGCCUUCGUCAGAGAGGACCUAGCGCGCCGGGUCAACCUCACCGAGGCGCGCGUGCAGGUGUGGUUUCAGAACAGACGGGCUAAGUUUCGCCGGAAUGAACGAGCAAUGCUGGCCAGCAAGAACGCCUCUCUCCUCAAGUCCUAUUCUGGAGAACUGACCGCGGUGGAGCAGCCUAUCGUACCGCGGCCUGCUCCACGACCAAACGACUACCUAUCCUGGGGCAGCACCUCCCCGUACAGCUGGUAUCCAAUGCCGGAGGGAGCGCCAAUGCGAGUACCACAGAAAAUGCUGCCCACAGAAAGCAACGCCGUGGCUACCUACCCACCCACAUGUUCCAGCACCAAUACCGCCCAGGGAAUGAACAUGGCCAACAGCAUCGCUAACCUGCGUCUGAAAGCCAAGGAGUACAGCCUGAACCAGGUGCCCACUGUCAACUGAGGAGGAGGGAGGGGCUCUGGCGCCAGGGGGAGAGGUGGGGCUGGGGACCCCUCUUCCCUGACAAGAUCCGCAAACGUCCCGAGUCGGGCAGCCAGCCGUCCCUCCGGAAUUACAACCGAAGCUUCCUCUAGCCGGCGCCGCCAUCUCCACGGUGAACGCGUGUUCUUACCCUGCAUCAGACGGGACAGAAGUACAGAGCGAAAACCGAUAGGUUUGAGAACAUUUUACUCUGAACGUUUAAGAAUCUGUUCGUCCACGUUGGUCAGUGAAAAACUUUGGACACCGUGAUGUGUUUUUUUUUUUGUUUUUUUCAAUUUGGUUUUUGAACUGGACAAAAAUUCAUUUAUACAAAACAGGAGCAUAUUGUUACUACCCUCGAAUAUUUUAAGCUGAGAUACGGCCACUUGUGUACGCUGCAGUAGUCGCAGCCAAAGCGAUCGCCGGUGUUCUCAGGAGCCUCCUGGAUAGGAAAAGCAGGCCGUGCUCAGCUCAGACUGGCGUCUCCUUAACACGCAAACACAGCACCAGAGCAACAUCAGCGGAAAAAGGAGAAGUGCUAGGAUUUUCAGACAGCAAAGAUGACGACUUUCUCCAGUAGAUAUACUGAGAACUUCCAAACAUUUUUGUAUUUUAUUCUUUUUUUUUCAUUUAUACCACUGACAAUCAAAUGUCAUCCAUGCAUUAUGGUUCAUAUAAUGUACACUAUACAGGCAAGCUAACUCAUGUAACUCAUUUUGAACCAAAGGACCUAGUUGCUUUUUUGUCUUUGUAUAAUAUCGCUAUUUGUAACAGAAAACCCUAUAUUAUAAUAAAAUACAGUUCAACUAAUAUUAUGAACAUUUGUUAUACUCCAGAACAGAAGCAGAGCAGCCCUGCAGGCUUUGAUAUUGGAUCACAAAGAUUUACACAUGUUUAUAGGUUCACACAGCUAUAUGGGAAACCAGUGGUUAUUUGUUGAAGUGCACUUUGUAUAGAUCUACCAUUUCAGAGCUAUUACUCCAUUAAACUGCAGCAUCUUCACUCUGGGCUGUUGCUGGCAACAGUAAUUCAAUGUUGAGGAAAAUCACUUUAACUUGCUUUUCUGAAAGGAACAUUUUUGUACAUUAUAGCAUCAAUUAAAAAUACAUAUCUAAAAUAAAUAUCCAUGAAAUAUCUUUUUAUCCACUUAAAAAGCUUCCUGUGGUUAAAUUGGUUUUGACAAAUGACAAAGCAUGUGUCUGUGGAGAACAUACUUUGGAUAAGGAUAAAUGGAUCUUGGGAACUUGAGUAAGAAUUUCUCCUUAGGCUCAGUUGUGAUAGACAGAUGUGAUUCUAAUAAAAGAAGCACUGUAAAACUAAAGAAGUAUUCCUUGCUGUAUUGAGAAAAUGCCGGAAAUAUGUCAAAUAUUUGACAUACAUAAACCUAAUGGGCUGCAAGCUCUAUCCCCCUGGCCCCUCUGCUCUGCAUCUCCCCAUUCACAUGAAAUGGAAGCAGAUUCCUCAGACAGGUGAGACAGCGGUUCCCACAGAAUGACAGUAAUGUAGAAGAAAUACACAUCUGCAUGUUCAGCAAUUACUGUUCCACUGCUAGAGAGAGUUCAUGUUUACCUUGGAUUCCAGUUCAACCAUAAAAGUACAUGAGCACUGCAACAACUUAGUUGAGAAAAUGGCUUCUGGUGCUUGUGCCGAAUACCAUGAAAGAGUUUUAUUAUCUGAGGAUGGACUCAGCUAUGGCUGUGUGACGACUGUAACUACACAAGCACUCAAGUUCAUCAGUUGUUCUUUAUUACCACGGUCUGCCAUCCAUAAAUGUUUAUCUUGAAAACAAUGUUACAGGAAAUCCACUCUACAAUCGCCUACUCUGGUUGGAUUUGUUACCAUAGCCUUGGUUCUGCUAGCUGUUUCUGCUUGGGUUGGGACGUUUUCGAGCGAUCCCUGAGUGGCCUGAACUGACCUGCAUGACAGGCUUCAGAGGGGAGCCCGGGGCCCUCUGCUUGGGUCCUCCACCUCAUUUCCCCUUUGUGCGUCAGUGUUACGUAGGAAAAGCCAAAAUCACAGGCUCCCUGUUGCCCAUUGGGCUUCAUAAAUGGCAGUGUUUGGACUGAAAAGACAGGGGAGUCUCUUAAUGCUGCAGCAUCCUCAGGCCAAUGCCACGCUGUGUGUGCGUUUCUCAGCCACAGACACAGGCCCAAUUACAGAGCCCUUUAAGCACCCGUGUAAUGUGCCCAGGAGGGUAGCUCACUCUGCAGAUAGGCUCACUCGCACAUUCAUAAAUGGGUCCAGUUCCAGGAUUAAGGCAAAAUCUGACAGCUUGAAAACAGUAUCGCCUCAUAUGGUAAAGACAGUAUUGUUUUUUUGGCAUAAAAUAUUUGUCUAAAUGUAAGCUUUUUAAAAAAACCUGAGCACAGGUAUUCAUCUUACUCAGCAUCUGAACUUGCCUGUGGGGGGCUUUCAGUCAGGAUGCUGGGUUGCGUGUAAAGGCCUACAUGCCCCUCAAUCCCCAGGCUUGACUGUGGAGUUGCCCCCUGCAUGGGGCUGCAGCUGCUGGGGCUGGCUUCCCGGCAAGUCCCAGGCAUGCCAGCAGAGUGCCAUCACCUCUCUUCCCAGCUCUCUGUGGCUUUUGAGCCGCUGUCACAUCCCAGAGCCUUGCAGGAAUGUUUUACUCUCAGCAAAGAACAACAAAGCAGGGCAGUGGAUAGGAAUGUGAGCCAAUCUGACAGGGGAAGGAAAAUGGUUUCAGCUGUUGAGCAGAAGCAGGCUCUCUGAAAUCCAGUUCCAGUCAGGGACAUGGAAUAAAUACUGUUCUCCUACCACAGACAUCCCUGUCUCUGGUCCGAACUUGUGACUGUACUGUAUGAAUUGUGUCGCAUUCAUUCAUUAGGGACGACAUCAGGAUCUUUCCUUUCUGUUGUGUAAGUCAGUGAUGGUGAUGGAAUCUAGAGAUGCAGCAUCAGAGACUACCUGUUGUUAUCACCAGCUUUGUUGACUUUUAUUUGAAUGAGGAAAAAACUAACGGUUUUGCUGUUCGAUCAACUUCUUCCCCUGGAGUGAAUUUAAAAUCUACAUAAUGUCCAGUCUGGCAUUCCAAAGAGGCUGUGCCUUUCAAGUUGCCCUGUAUGCAAGUCUGGGUUUCUUUAAUUUGAAAUAGAAUCUUUAUGAUGCAGCAAGUUCACUCGUCAGACCUGUAAAAUGGUACACUGAGGGACUGUAAAGUGUUUAUGCUUAUUUUGGAAACCGACUGUUUCCUCUUUCAGCUCUACCUUUUUGCUUGCACACCUCUAUUAUGCCCUUGCGAUACCUGGCAAUGCUAAUUUCUCAAAUAUUUUAAUAACUUGUGAAGCAUGUUUCAGCCUAACAAAACACAAAAUAAAAAGGCCGCAGUUCAAUGAAA